AUAAUAAUUAAAAUUUCCGUCGGAAAAACGGCAUGCAGCCGUAUAUAGUGAGAGAAUUGAAACAAAAAACUAUUGUAGCAUAGUAGAAAAUUUGGCAGUGUAUAAUACAAAGAAAAUGAGUAUAUACCUGCCCGUCAAUAUGUGUAUGAAAGGUGUUGCUUAACACACAAAAUGGCGAAACUGUAUGAAAAAAUUCAAGUGCAUUAAGAACAUUUUGAUUUAUAACGGAGAAUUUACAUUCUCGCGUUGGACAAUUAAAGUAAAAUUGCAAAAGUUAACAAAGUAAAAACAGAUAGUGGACAUUUUUUGAUUGUUAAAACAAAUUUUUUGAAUUCACGCCACGAGUUAAGGCGACCAUAAUAUAACAACAAAAAAGUUUACCUAGUAAUGACGUAGAUGGUUCAUGUUUAUCUCCCGCGUCGGUCUGGCACUUUUUUAUUACUUAUUUUUUUACACCGAAAUUUAUUGCAAAAGUGAAAUUCAAAAAGUGCGGUUGUAACUAUUUGCGAAUAAGAUGUCUUACAGAAAAGUACUUGGAAUAGUAUCUCUUAUUCGAUAAUGCGACCUUUUUCAACUUUGAAGCGAAAAAUCAUUAAAAAUUCAACUUUUGUCAAAAUUUAUUCAUCGUAGCAACGUCUUCAAAAAAAUCGGCAAAUAUUCUUAAAAAUUUUUGCUCGUUUGAUGUCCAGAGUAACGUUCUCUUCCUAAUAAGCAUUUCGGUUGGGUAUAAGAAACAACAAAGGCAAAGCCAAAUUGUUCUUGAAUUUGAAUUUUGCAAACGCGGUGAGGAAACGAAAAGUUUCUUUCCCUUUUCAAUUAAUAUAUCGGAGAGAUUUAAGUGAAAAAAAAAAAAAAAAAGUUAAAAUGCAAAAUACUCCGAUGAAAAAACGACGUAUUAAUCCAUAUUUGUUAAAUCACAAGCAAUUAAUAAAAGCCGUAGACGAAGAUCAACAGAAAGCGCAGCGUUAUAAACGUUAGAAAAAUAAUAGCGGAGAGGCCAACAAAAACAAAAAAGUUUUCUCUUUCCUCAACCAAACAAAAAAAAGUUAAAGGAAAAAAUUCCCUUCGAAGAAUAACAAACACCAAUAGACGUAUAUACGAUAUUGUAUAUAAAAAAAAGAAGAAAAAAAAAAAAAGAAGAAAAAUCAAGACGAGCAAUUGAGCCAAGCAAAAGUAACGGAAAUUAAAAGACAAGCCAUAAAAAUGAUGAAACGUACAAGAGAAGAAGUUCAAUAUGCUUCAAGACCCGGGCCGGGCGGUGUUGGAGGUAGUGGCGGCGGAGGUGGUACAAAUAAUAAUAGUAGCGGCAGUAAUGCGACGGGUGUGGUUACCGGUUCAGCUACAGUAGCUGGAGCUGCUAUAAAUAUUGGAGCUGUUGUAUCGGGUGCUCAUGCUACUAACGCUGGUGGCGCUUUAAGCGUUGGUUUGACAACCGGUAAUAUAGCUCAUCAUCGUAUACUCACUCCUCAGCAUGGUGGUGCUCAAACUAUAGCGUAUUUGCCAUCGACCACACCUGUUGCAGCAACUAAUCUUAAAACCUCCGGUGAUUCUAUAGCUGCCGUUGGCAGCGGUAGCGUUGAUGUAGUUGGCGGUAACAGUCGAAUAACUCAACUUACCGCUGGUGCCGUGGUUACAUCAGGUGGGUCUGUGAAUGCAGCAAACGCAUCUCUAAAUCCUACGACUGUGCAGUAUUCCACUUCCUACAAUGUAUCUUCCCUACCGGCAGGAAGUGCUUUGAAAACGUCAGAAGGUGCUGUACAAAUUCAUGUCACAGGUGGUGGCAAUACUACCAGCGGUGGUAGUGUUGGCGGUGCAGUAAUCGCUAAUCCUAUUGUUACGCCUUCCACCAAUUCAAUACGUCAGCGUACGAUAAGUGGCACUCAGAAUAGCAGCAAUAUAUCGACGUCGCAGACGUUGGCACAACCAAAUGCGGCUGCCGCGAAUAAUUCCCAGGUGAACGCCGCCAGCAUUAGCGGUUCUGGAGCACCUCAACCCGGCCAACCCGGAGCGCCGCCACGGCUCAAAGUUGAGGAUGCGCUCAGCUACCUUGAUCAGGUUAAGUACCAAUAUGCUGAUCAACCUCAAAUUUAUAAUAACUUCCUGGAUAUAAUGAAAGAAUUCAAAUCUCACUGUAUUGAUACGCCCGGAGUUAUACAGAGGGUGUCAACACUCUUUAAGGGCCAUACAGAGCUAAUAUAUGGGUUUAAUAUGUUCUUGCCCCCUGGGUAUAAAAUUGAGAUUCACUCCGAUGAGUUGGGUUGUUCGGUGCCUGUGGUAUCAAUGCCUUCGCCGCCAGGUUCAGCGCCGGGUAGUGGGACAACAGUGCAUGCUGUGUCAGGUACAAGCAUGAUAGCACAUAAAGUGAGCUCCAAUAAUAGCGUAAACGUGCAUCAACUGCAAGCCAGCGGGUCUGGCGGCGCGGUAAAUUUAAUGACGCACGGUGGAACACCAUUGCCGCAAACGACUAUACACGCUCUACAGCCACCACCACAACAAUCGCCAAGUAGUGGUGGCGGCGGACACACCCCUACUCAUACUCCUCAUGCCAAUACGUCACCGGCAUCAGGCCAAGUGACAGUGGCAACGGUAAAUGCCAGCACCAUAAAUUUGCCACAAAAUUAUUCACGUGACCGUGAACGCAGUGCUGCAGCAGCGGCGACAACCGGCAAUUUAGUAGUAGGCGGUCCACCCACACCCAACUCUCUGAAUGAUCUAAGUCCUCAGAGUGCAACUUCCAGCGCUCAUCAUAAUUUGCAUCAUAUCUCACAAGCUCAUCAAUCGAUGAUGAUGGGUGAAACAGCAGCUCCAGCGGGUGGACCACAGCAACAACCGGUGGAAUUCAAUCAUGCCAUAACUUACGUUAAUAAGAUCAAGAAUCGCUUUCAAAAUCAACCCGACAAGUACAAGAAAUUUUUGGAGAUUUUACAUACCUAUCAAAAGGAGCAAAAAGUCAUUAAGGAAGGUAGCGGAAGUAAUCUUAAUCAGGGUAAAACUCUUACCGAACAGGAGGUUUACACCCAAGUUGCUAAACUUUUCGGACAGGAUGAGGAUUUAUUACGGGAAUUCGGUCAAUUUCUACCGGAUGCCACUAAUCAUCAGGCUCAGCAAUAUAUGACUAAGUCACACAACGAGCAUAAACGUACUAUGGCAGCUUUAAGUGGCGGUGCUCAUAUAACGAUGUCACCGGCUAGUGGCAGUGUCGGCAGCGCCACUAGUUCACCGCUGCAUUUGGGUAGCGGCGCCACACUUUCGCAACUUGGUAAUAGUGCUCAUGCAGCUGCAUUGGGCAAUCUCUCGGCCGUAAAUACUAGUGUCAGCAUUAAAUCAUCCUAUAAUAAUAAUCAACAAAAUCAUAUUAUUGGGAGUAGUGCAUCACGCGGUGAUGCCUUGGCCGCUAAUAAUGAUUUGCUAUAUGAAAAAGAUUAUCGUGGCAUACAUGUGAAUGUACAUCAUCAAGCAGGAGCUAGUCAUCACCAUAUAAGUGGCGGUGCUGCUGGAGGCGGAAAUAUACGGAGUUCAUUCGAUUCCAAAGAUUCGCAUAGACCAAAUCAUCAUGCCUCCGUAGUGACUGGUAAUCAAAAAUAUAUGUCACAUCAUCAUCAUGGUCACAAUCAAAACAGCCAAGCAGUUAUAGGUCCUAAUAUGAGUGCUGCUAGUUUGGGAGGACAUGUAUCGAAAAAAUCACCCAGUUAUAGCAGUUUAAGUGCUGGAUUAGCAAAUGCGAGUGGAACGGGCAUACAGCAUUUAAGCAGUGCAGUUAGCAAUGUUGGCGGUUUGAAUUAUGUAGCGACUCCACAAAAUGCCUACCAUAGUCAAAUGCCACAUGUUGGUUCUCGACGACAUGCUGAUGGCGAUUUGAGUUUAAGUUCGGGAGUGCCUCCCACUAAACGGCAUAAACCCAUUUGCCGUGAUAUUUCUUUUUCGGAGGCGUCGCGAAAAUGCAGUAUACAGGAUGCGGCCUUUUUCGAUAAAGUGCGCAAGGCGCUACGUAGUCCUGAAGUAUAUGAAAACUUUUUACGUUGCCUGACGCUAUACACAGAAGAGAUUGUAUCAAAGACUGAACUUCUGAAUUUAGUGUCACCAUUUUUAAGCAAAUUUCCAGACCUGCUGCGCUGGUUUACCGACUUUCUUGGGCCGCCGGUAUCGCAAGUAAGCGGCUCUGCUUGCGGCAUAACUGGAGGACAUUUAGAAGGUAUACCUCUGCAGGCAGCUCAGCGUCAAAAUAGCAGUAACAGCAGUUCGGGCGCGAACAAUACAACUGGUGGCAAUGUAAACGAUCGCCAGAAUAGUUUACAAGCAAAUGAUCAUACUCAAGAAAUUGAUUUGGCUUCGUGCAAGCGUUUGGGAGCGUCUUAUUGCGCGCUACCCCAAUCCACUAUACCGAAAAAGUGCUCAGGACGUACAGCCCUGUGUCGCGAAGUGCUCAACGAUAAAUGGGUUUCUUUCCCGACUUGGGCGAGUGAAGACUCAACUUUUGUCACCUCCCGCAAAACGCAGUUUGAGGAAACCAUUUACAGGAAUAUUCACAGAACGGAAGAUGAACGAUUUGAAUUGGAUGUGGUUAUCGAAACGAAUAGUGCUACUAUCCGGGUGUUGGAGGGCGUGCAAAAGAAAAUGUCGCGCAUGUCUCCCGAAGAUUUGGCGCGUUAUCAUCUCGAUGAUUAUUUAGGGGGUACGUCGCAGACCAUACAUCAGAGAGCCAUUUAUCGCAUCUAUGGUGAUAAGGCAGGCGAAAUUAUACAAGGAUUGAAGAAAAAUCCCGCCGUCGCUGUACCCAUAGUAUUAAAACGUCUUAAAGUUAAAGAAGAAGAAUGGAGAGAUGCUCAGAAGACCUUUAACAAGCAGUGGCGAGAGCAAAAUGAAAAGUAUUAUUUAAAGUCAUUAGAUCAUCAGGCCAUCAAUUUUAAACCCAACGACAUGAAAGCACUACGUUCCAAAAGUCUAUUCAAUGAAAUUGAAACCUUAUAUGAUGAGCGCCACGAUCAAGAAGAUGAUAACGGUGAACCAGUCACUGGGCCGCACUUAAUAUUGCCUUAUAAAGACAAAACAAUAUUGGAUGAUGCUGCCAAUUUGCUAAUACAUCACGUCAAACGUCAGACUGGGAUACAGAAGCAAGAAAAAACCAAAAUCAAACAAAUACUCCGUCAAUUUGUGCCUGAUCUUUUCUUUGCGAUACGUCAACCACUUAGUGAUGACGAAAGGGAAGACGAUGACAACGAUAAAGUGGAUACAGAUCCAGCCAAUUGCAGUGGCAGCACUACUAGCAGCAGUAGGGAGAAAUACAUUAGCAAUAAGAAUAGCAGCAUUUCUUCCCUGCAUUCGAAUGCCUUAAGUACAAUCAACACCUCAAUAACAUCGAUGGCAACUACGACAUUAUUAAAUACUUCAAAUAAUACUAUAACAACAACACCACCUUCAUCAUUAUCGACCAAUUCCACUUUAAGUAGUAGUAGUGCGCUUGUAAAAGCCGAAAUUGGCAACAUUAGCAGCAGUAACAGCAUUAUGAUGGACGUAAAAGAUCCUUCAAUUAUCACAAAUCAUGCAAUCACAACAGAUGUAACAAAUACAACAACGAUAGCCACUUUAUCAACGUCCACGCUUAAUAUAACAACAACGACAACGAGUGCAUUGACCAUAACACAAACAGCAUCUUCGGCAGCAAUGUUAGAUAAAAAUCUAGCCUCUAAUCUUAAUGUAAAUAUGGAAAGCACAAUUGGAAGAGGAGAUAAUCUGUUUACGAAUGCGAAUGUCUCUAGCAUUAAUGUAUCGGUAACUAGCGGCGUUGCCAAUAAUAGCAAUAAUAAUCAAACGUCAAACGUGAAUACUAUGACUGAUAGCAGCAAAACUACUAGUAGUUCCUCAUCUAUCACUAGUCCGACAUCAAUUAUUUCACAAGUUGUUGUAAAUAGUAGUGAUAAAGGUACAAAUAAUGGAAGAUGCGGUUACAAUCCAUCAUCAACAUUAACUAAUGAUAAUGUAAUAAUAGUUACAGCGACAAAUAGUUUAACAUCAUCGCCGGGUAUGUCAACGAUGACAACGGCAACGAUCAGUUCUGCAUCACCGACCAAACAACAGCAUGCGGAAUUAUCAUCAAACGGUGCUACCGGUAUUUGCAAUUCAAACAUUUUAGACGAUAUAAAAUUGGAAAUUAAGCAAGAGGAUGAGCAACAACAAGUCGCCUCAGCCGAUAUAAUUAUACCGCCGCAUGCUAUUAGCAAACAUUUGGAGGAAGCUUACACUCUUUUCUUCGCAAAUAAUAAUUGGUAUCUGUUUUUCCGUUUACAUGCCAUACUAUGCGAACGUUUACGGACUAUGCUCGAACGUGCUCGAAUUAUAGCGACCGAAGAGCAGAAAUAUAAAACGAAUCGUCGUGAAAAUAUUGCCACAGCUUUAAGGCUGAAACCGAAAAACGAUAUAGCCGUUGAAGACUAUUAUCCGACAUUUCUGGAUAUGCUAAAGAGUGUUUUGGACGGUAAUAUGGAUUCGACUACAUUUGAAGAUUCAAUGCGCGAAAUGUUUGGCAUCCACGCUUACAUAUCAUUCACUUUGGAUAAAGUGGUCUCGAAUGCCGUACGCCAACUGCAGAAUUGCGUUACAGAAAGAACGGCUCUCGAGUGCGUCGAAUUAUUUCAUCAAGAGCAAAAGCACAACGCUGCAGGCGGUUUAUGCCGCAAGGCACAUUUAAGAUUUAACACUGAAAUGCUGUAUCAACGUAAAGCCGAAGAAAUGCUCCAUGAAGAAAAUUGUUUCAAAAUUUAUAUGUACAAAAUCGAUUGUCGCAUUACUAUUGAACUAUUGGACACUGAAUCUGAGGAUGUGGCUGAACGCGAAAAACCAGUUAAUAAAGUGAAAUCAUGGUCAAAAUAUGUAGAUCGCUUAACCAAUCCAAAUUCAACGAAUUCCCUUAAUAACAAUGCUUUAACUAACAAUAAUGCGAGCAAUACACUUAUGAACGCCAGCGUUAUUAAUAUGGAAGUAAACAGUGAUUUGCCGAGCAAUGAAAUUAAAAGUGAACGAUGGGAUGAAGAUGGCUUACUGGAAUCGCAUAUAUGUCGAAAGGCACGUUUUCUUAAACGUAAUAAACGUACCGCUUCCCUUCGAGCUGAACAGUUGCGUUUAAUGCAUGAGCGUAAAUCGUUAACAUCGAACACAAGUAUUGGCAGUGGAAGUCCGUCCACCGUGAAUGAUAAUACAUCGGAAAAUUCAGUUAUAAGUGCCUCAUUGCAAUUAUCGCUUAACAAUAUUAUUGCGAAUAAUGCUGGUACAAGCACUAAUACCGUAACAGAAGCAGCGACCUCUCCAAUAUCCUUGUGGAACAAACGUCCCCCGGAGCGUAUUGGCAGCGCUUUGGUCUGUUCGAGUGGUGAGAAAUAUUUCAUAAACGAUCGCGAUGAAAUUAAAUUGAAUUCUUCCGGACGUCAAGUUUUCGUUAUUAAUAAGAAUCUCAAAUUCUUUAAAUUGGAUUCGGUGCGAAAGGCUAAAGUGUGCCAUGAACAAGUAACGCAGCGUAAAUUUAAGCGAUUCCAACAGUUUGUUCAAGCGUGGCUAACAAAUCAUGUUACGGUUGAGCAGCAACAACAAUGCAAUGAAUGGCUUUUGGGAACUAAUUCAUCGACAGCUACCGUUAAUGUUGUAGGAGGAGUUAAUAGCACACAUAAUCCCGUUGUCAACAAUUGGUCAACAUUAACAAUACCAAGAACUAAAGUAAUUAUACAAAAUGAUGUAAAGAAAACACCCUAUCGUUUAUAUCAACGUUAUAAAGUGUUAAGUGCAGGCAAUACUAUGAACAAUGUUAAUGCAAAUAAUAAUAAUGCAAAUAAUAAUAACAAUAACAAUAGUAGUACCUCAUCAUUUGCUGCUGGUAGUAAUAGUAAUAAUAAUAAUAAUAAUAAUAAUAAUAGCAAUAAUACCAAUAAUAAUAAAAAUAACAAUAAUAGUAGUAGUAGCAGCAGCAUUGGUGGCUGUGGUAGCGGCAGUGUUGGAUCUUGCAACGCAACUUUUACCCUAAGUAACAAUACCACCGGUGCCGGUGGUGGUGGUGGUGGCGGCGGCGGCGGUGGCUGCUCCGCAUCCAUUACAAAUCUUGUAACUGUGACAUCAACAACAACUGCUGGCAUGAUUUUGAGUUCUUUAGCUAGUGUCCCGAAUUUAAAUCAAACUGAAGCAGCCGCCACUGCCACAGCGACUGUAACAAGUUUGGCGCCAACGCCUCAUUGCAAUAGCGUUGCCGGCUUAUCGCAGUCCUCCGUAGUCGUAGUGGCAGAAGCGGCUCAGGUAAGACCUAUGGAAAGCUGAAAAUUUAUGCACUUAUAAAUGCAUAAAAAAAGGAAAUCGUCGUGAACGUGUGACAUAUUUUGAAUAUCAAACAAAAAUCAUAAAAAAAUAAUAGUUUUUGCAUUUCUUGCUUUAUUUCAAUGAAGAGUAUUUAAUGAAUUUGAUUAUUUUGAAACAAGUUUCUUUUUUUGAUACAUAUGUAAUCAGAUUUUAUUUUUAUUUAUUUAUUUUUUUCCCCCCCCUCCCAAUUAGUAAAUAAUCGAAUGUAAUAUGAAAAGUUGAUGUAAAAUAAUUAUUGCUUUUAAGUGAAAAAAUAUAUAUGAAUGAAAGUCGCCUACUCUUUGUGGUUAAGUUUUCAUGUUAUUUUUUUUUUUUUUUUUUUAUUUAUUCAAGG